AUGGAGAAAAUAACUGAGAAGCUGUUACUGGAGAAAAGCUCUCCAACAACCAGCAAACUGGAGGAAAUCAAGACACUGAAUCUGUCUCGUCUGGGUCUGAACACCAAGGAUUUACCGCUCAGGCUGCUGUCUCGUCUUCAGUCCCUGCAGCGCUUGGAUCUGUCUGGGAACAGACUGCAGGAGUUCGUCAGGAACGUCGAGCUUCCCGCGCUCCGCUUCCUGGACCUCAGCGACAACCAGAUGGAAGACGUCACCACGCUGGAGUCUCUCAGCGGGCUGGAGGAGCUGAAGAUGGACGACAACCUUUAUAUCACUGUGAGUGAUAACUACAAGCUGAUGGUUUUGUUGCCUAAUCUGAGGAUGUACAACGGUAAAGAUGUCAGCACGACGGCCAACCACCUGCGCUACGUCUACAGCGAGAACCUGCAGACACGGAUCACUGCACUCUGGGAGAAGAGCUUCAGCCUCCCGGAUCCAAUCACAGCGCAGGAAAUGUCCGCUCUGGAGGCGAAGUUCGUCAGCGCCGCUCGCCAGCAGGUUAAAUAUGGACCCAACUCAGUCAGUGACUUCACCAAAUGGAGGGUGGGAAUCAUGGCGAAGGAGUAUCUGCGCUCGCUGACGGAAGAGAAGGAUGAAGUGGAGAGCGAGGAGUCUGCUGACGCUAAAGAGAAUCAGGAAGUCUCAACGCCUGCCAAAAGGAAGCAGAGUAUUUUAGUAAUGGACGCCGACGUAAACAUCACACCUCGCAAAAAACUCUGUGUAGACUUCCCGGCCUCCUUGGUUGAAGAGAGUCCCAGUAAAUCAAGCCCCCGCCUCAAACUCCAGCCUGUAAAAGAGACUAUCGGCGUCAGGAUGAGCCCCCGAAAGAGAGAUCAGCCUCCCGUAACCCCGGCGACUCCCACCAGGGGGCAGAAGAGGGCCGAGCCGCCAGCGAGAGGCUCGAAAACGCGGCAGACGAAAGAAGAAGACGGAGCUCAGGAAGUUAAAACACCUGGCAGGAGUAAGCGAGCCGUAGUCGUCAUGGAAACCAAACCGGUGCGUCUGAAUCCUCUCCACGUGCUGCAGUGUCACAGCAAACAGGACAGCUCAGACGAUUUCUCCACGCAGCUUUGGGCCUGCGCUUUCCAGCCGCUGCCCGACAGCACCGGAAGUGGAGGAGGAAGCCGCUUGGUUGCAACCUGUGGUGGAGACUCUCUCUGUGUGAUCGACUGUGAAGCAGGGAUGGUGAUGAAGAAGUACAAAGUUCCUGGAGAGGAGUUUUUCUCUCUGGCCUGGUCGACUGUGUUGAUGUCCAGGACGGGCGGAGCGUCGUCGUCGGCUCAGCACUGCAGCAUCCUGGCUGCAGGAGGGAAGAGAGGACUCGUCAAACUGAUCCAUCCCAGAAACAACGUGGCCUACGGAGAGUUCAGAGCCAGCCGUAAAGCGCUGUCCGUCCUCCGCUUCAACCAACAGCAAGCCAACUUCCUCUACACCGGAUCAUAUGAUAAUAAGAUAGUGAUGUGGGACAUCGGUGGAGUGGACAGUCAGUACAACUACAAAGUUGUCCAGCUGUUGGUGUUGGACGUCAGCGCUACUCCUCUGCACAUCUGCCUUCCUCCGUCUUCCCCUAAAACUCAGCUGCUGACGGCCUGUGAGGACGGCCUGUACUGCUUCAACACUCAGCUGGGAACCAACAACACCACCAAGAGGUGUAAAGAAAUGGAGAUAACGUUCCCCAUCUAUAAGAAGGAAGACAAAGAUAACGACUAUCACACCGUCGACGGCUUGAGUUUCCUUACUGAUGACAUCGUUGCCUCUAAGAACUACAUGAACUCAUCUAUUUACCUGUGGAGCUGGAGCAGGACGAAGGCUCAGCGGCCCGAUAAGAAGAGCAGAGAGGUCUGUGCCGUGCUCCUCGCUGAGCUGCAGUGGACCAACACUGAGAUCCCUUACCUGGCUCUCAACACCUGUCCUGGCCGAGCGUACAUCGUGUGUGGUGAUGAUAAAGGCAGACUGUGGACGUAUCAUGUUAAUAAUCUCCAGAAGGAGCGAUUCCAGACCGGCAAACCCAUCGCUCCCACCGAGGUGUUGGAGUGGCCGACCCCGGUGAGGAAGGGCGUAGGUGAGGUGGACGGUCCCUCCAUCAACAGCGUCGCUAUGGACCCUGAGCUCCAGUACUUGGUUGCCCUUAGCGACAAGAACAUGGUGAUGGUGUGGAAGACAGCAGCAGCAGCGUCGUCCUGAGCAACAGACACAAAGAUCCUUAGUUGUGUUUCAUACUGGAGAAAAACUGUUAAAUGUACCAAAUGUUGGUAUUUGUGAGGUGAAGAUCCAGACAGGAAGUCU